AUGUCACGAAAUUGUUUUGUGCCAUCAUGUAAAGAGGGAUACCCUUCUAAUAGGUCUACUAACAAGCUCUUAGGAAUUCGCAACAAAACAUUGUUUAAAGCGCCCAAGGAUCCUAAAGUCUUAACACAAUGGGUUAAAGCAAUUCCACGAUCAGAUCGAAAUUUAAGGGCAGGAAUAGAUGUAUGUGAAAAGCAUUUUGCUGAAAGCAGUUUAAUUAAGUAUUUUGAAACUGAGAUGGCUGAUGGAUCAAUCCAAAAAAUUGAAAGAGAUAGAAUUUUAUUAAAAGAAAAUGCAGUUCCAUCAUUAUUUCCAGAUCUACCACAUUAUCUAUCUUCUAAAACAAAAAAUAGAAAACCUCCAGUUCAACGUUUAAAUAUUGAAUGUAAUAAAAAUAUUAUAGCUGAAACCCAUAACCUUGAUGAUUCAUUAAAUGCAAUUAUUGAAUAUGAUGCAUUUACUAAAAUUGAGAACCAAUUGAAAAAUACCAUAUUACCUGAUGCAACAUUUAUUUCAAAGUUAAAAGAUGAUUUGAUUAUUGGAUGGUUUAAUAAUGACAAUGAUACAGUGUUUAAAAAAAUUAUCAUAUACAAGAGUAAUCUCAAAAUACAGGUAUUUGUAAGCAAAGUCAUAGUGAAUGUUGAAGUAUUAAUGCAAACUGCUACAGACUUUGGAGAUAUCGAACAAAUUAUAGAUAUAAUAAAUAAUUUACAAGCUUGUAAUGGCACUGGUUUUGAAAAAAACCCACGGUCAGAUGCAUGUAAUGGUUAUGUUAAUGUAACGAAACCAGACACUUCGUUAUCAGAUUUCCGUUGCAAUAUAUGCUCCAAAGAAAGAAAAAAUAUACUAGAUCUUCAGCGAAUAUCUUCUAUAAGGCAUAGAGAAAGAAAACAAAAAUUUAAGAAACUGAAGAGCACUAGUAGAGUCAAAAACAUUACUCGAAAGAAUAGGAGACUUAAUAAUAAAGUGUUAAAGUUGAAAGAAAAGGUAGGCUUGUUAAAACAGAAAUGUGCUACUGCAUCUGAAACAGUAAUUGAAAAUGAAAUAGUUAGGUUGCCUGAGAGUCAACAAGAAGCAGUACGUGUUUGUUUUGCUGCUGCUAAAUUAAAAGAUCCUAAAGGAAAUCGUUAUUCUAUUAACUGGAUUUAUGAAUGUCUCUUGGUUAAAAUAAAAAGUAGAAAAGUUUAUGAACAUCUUCGUACAAGAAAAAUAUUAGCUUUACCUUGUAUAGAUACUUUAGGGAAAUAUAUAGCAAAAAUGUCUAGUCAGUAUGGUUUUCAACAAGCCAUUUUUGAUCUUUUAGCAAAAAAAGCAGAUUGUAUGGCUCCCAAAGAUAAACGAGGAAUUUUAUUAUUAGAUGAAAUGAAAUUAAGUGAAUCAGUUUCAUUUAAUAAAAAAACUCUAAAGGUUAAUGGUUUGGUAAACUUGGGCAACUAUACUCCCGAACAUCAGAAAAAUAGUAAAGGUGAUCAUGCCUUGGUCUUAAUGUACCAACCAUUCCGAGGAAAAUGGGUUCAGGCAUUGGCAGUGUUUUUGAGCAAAGAUGCCAUUGCAACUGAUGGUGCUACAUGGAAUCGAAGUAUGUGGACAAAAUUUGGAAUUUCUUCUGAAAAUGUUAGUUGUGAACACAUUUAUGAUUCAUCAAGAAGAUUGUGGUUUUUAUCAGAUUUUCCCCACCUCAUCAAAAAUUUUAGAAAUUGCAUAGUGAAACAAAGUGAAUUUUGGGUAGGUAAUAAAAUUAAAUAUUUUUGUAAUAUUAGAUAA